AUGCCGAAGAGCAUGAUGAGAUCAGAGGAGCACACUGACAGGAUAUCCUGGCGUUCUGUCAAGGCUUACUGCCGCUGCUGUGGAGGCUUCCCUUGGGUUGCCGCCUUCUUCGCCAGCUCUGUUCUCGAGCGGAUUGCGCUGAUCUUCCUGGAUUGGUGGCUCGCCAGGUGGGCUGAAGAGGACUCUGCAGAUGAGAGGUCCAUGUACUUUGCAGUGUACUUUGCCACGGUGCUGCUGGUGAUUGCUCUCGUGUCCUUCGGGCGUCUCGUGUUCGCCGUGGCAACGGUUAACGCAGGGCGCCGACUCUUUAAGCAGCUAGCUUUGAGCGUGCUUCGGGCGCCCAUGUGGUGGUGGGAUACAACCCCUCUGGGGAGGGUCCUGAAUCGCUUCAGUUUCGACACGGAGAACACGGACACCACUCUAGUCACCAAGCUCUUCCCGGCUCUACAGUCCAUGAGCUGGUGCUGGCCUUACUUAUGCCAUACUAUACCAUGCUGUACCUCAUUGCCAGUUGUCUUAAUUGUCUUAUAUUUGCCAAGCCCCUUGGUCUCCAGCUGGAGUUACCCUUUCCUUCACUCCUUUGUCUUGUUUCACCUGUUUCGAUAG